AUUUCUACUCGAUGGUGGCGGGAGAUUAAUUUAGCACGUGCACUGGGAUUAGGUGACAUGGCGACGGUUUCUGUCCACGCUGCACUCAUGCUUUUCAAAGUCCUGCUGUUCAUUCUCCUGCAAACACACAGCGUGUUGAUGCCAGACCCCUCGAUCACCUCCGAAGUGAACCCUGGAGGUCUGCAAGACUCUUUGAAGGAGCGCUACAGCGGGGCGUUUGUCUCCAUGACCUCUGCGGAUUUACUGCCAAUUGUACCAAAGGAUUCAAAGUCCAGACCAAAGCGCUGCACCUGUUAUUCCUACAGGGAUAAAGAGUGUGUUUACUACUGUCACCUGGACAUCAUCUGGAUCAACACGCCAGAGUAA